AGAGCACAUAUAUAAAUUCCCAUAGGCACAGGUUUUAAAACCCUAAAGCUUAAGGCGUCGUUCGCUCUCUUCUUUCCUCGUCUCUUUCUCUGCGGCCGCCUACUUCAAUCUCAUCGUUCGAAGAUGAAGUUUAAUAUCGCGAAUCCGACUACUGGAUGCCAGAAGAAGCUGGAAAUCGAUGAUGACCAGAAACUCCGUGCCUUUUUCGACAAGAGGAUCUCUCAGGAGGUCAGCGGAGAUUCUCUCGGGGAGGAAUUCAAGGGCUAUGUUUUCAAGAUUAUGGGAGGUUGUGACAAGCAAGGAUUCCCAAUGAAACAGGGAGUUUUGACCCCAGGCCGUGUCCGUCUCUUGUUGCACAGAGGUACCCCUUGUUUCCGAGGUUAUGGAAGACGCAAUGGAGAACGCAGGAGGAAGUCUGUGCGUGGAUGCAUUGUCAGCCAAGACCUUUCUGUUCUGAAUCUGGUGAUUGUGAAGAAGGGAGACAAUGAUCUUCCUGGCUUGACAGACACUGAGAAACCUAGGAUGAGGGGUCCCAAGAGGGCAUCCAAGAUCCGCAAACUUUUCAAUCUCUCGAAGGAGGAUGAUGUUCGAAAGUAUGUUAACACAUACCGUAGAUCAUUCAUCACAAAAUCUGGCAAAAAGGUCAGCAAAGCUCCCAAGAUUCAGAGGUUGGUUACCCCACUGACCUUGCAGAGGAAGCGAGGGAGAAUUGCCGAGAAGAAGAAGCGAAUUGCGAAGGCCAAGUCUGAGGCUGCUGAGUAUCAGAAGCUUCUGGCCUCUAGGUUGAAGGAGCAAAGAGAACGUCGCAGUGAGAGUUUGGCCAAGAAGAGGUCUAGGCUCUCCGCUGCCUCAAAGCCAUCCAUUGCUGCUUAGUUUCUUCGUAUUAUUUAUGUCAGCGUUCUGUUAUCUUUAUAUUUCCCAUCUUGUUUUGCUUUUAAAAGAAUGUACUUUUUGCGGCUGCUUGCAGAUGACAUCUAGAAUGUUUUGGUAUUUUUGGUUCCUAAUUGACCAGUUAUUUCUUGACAUUACUUCAUA